CAAAGUUCUCUUCAUGCACUUGACAUCGAGACUGCGCAAAUUGAUGUUCUCAUUAAGUACAUACUUAUUGAUAAUAAAUUGUUUAAUUCAGAAAAGAGUAAUAUAUCAAGAUGAAUACUUUGUAUUUCUUUUUACUCGUUGUAUUAUCUAAUGGCGUUUUAAGUGAAAAUACCCCUAUUGUUUUAUGGCACGGAAUGGGAGAUAGUUGCUGUUUUUCAUUCAGUCUAGGAGCUUUUCAAAAGAAAUUGAACGAAUCACUAGGAGGUGUUUACAUUUAUUCUAUUCAAAUCGGCAACAAUAUCAUUGAAGAUGUCGAGAACAGUUUUUUCAAAUAUCCUCUAGAUCAACUCAACGAAACUUGCGAAACACUCAGUGCUGAUCCUGCGUUGGUAAAUGGGUUCAAUGCAAUUGGAUUUUCCCAAGGAGGGCAGUUCUUACGUGGUUUAGUGCAAAGAUGCCCAACAAUAAAAAUGAAAAACCUCAUAACUUUGGGAGCUCAACAUCAAGGAGUUUACGGUUUACCAAGAUGUGGUGCAUUACCAUUUGAAAUUUGCAAUUCCCUCAGGAAAAUACUAAGUCAAUUUGCAUAUAAUCGUUAUGUACAAGAUAUAUUGGUCCAAGCAACUUAUUGGCACGAUCCUAUCAAUGAAGAAACCUAUAAACAUGAAAGUGCCUACUUAGGGGAGAUAAAUAACGAAAGAAAUAUUAACCAGGAUUAUAUAGAACGACUUCAAUCAUUGGAAAAUUUAGUGAUGGUUAAAUUUAUUAAUGAUACUAUGGUUCAACCGGUAGAAAGCGAAUGGUUUGGAUUCUACAAGCCAGGGCAAGCAAUUGAAACAGAAACUUUGCAAGAAUCAAGUUUGUAUACAGAUGAUCGUUUGGGACUGAAGAAAAUGGAUGAAGAAUCUAAAUUACAUUUUCUUGAAGUUGAAGGAGAUCAUUUGAGAUUUCCAUGGACAUGGUUCGAAGAAAAUAUUAUUGAGAAGUUUUUAAAAUAAAACAAAUAUUGUAAUCCUUUUCAUAUGAGUCCUGAUACUGUACAGUUUAAUUAAAAUUAUUCGCAAGACAAAAA